GGCAGGGAGCACAUCUUCGGGGCAGAGAAUGAUUCCCAUCCUGGCACAUGCUGCAUCUUCAUCAUCGUCAUUGACUGUAAUGCUACCGACAGCAGCACUGUGCGCACAGUUGAGGAGCGUGCCAUCAUGUGCUACAUCACUGGGACUGAGAACAAGGGGAAGCCCUUGUUGGACAAUGAGGUGGCACCUGUGAAUAUUCCAGCUAUUGCUGCUGCCCAUGUCAUUAAGAGAUACGUUGCCCAGGCAGCGGAUGAACUCUCCUUUGAGGUGGGAGACAUCGUGUGUGUCAUUGAUAUGCCACCAAAGGAGCUGACUCCCUGGUGGAGAGGCAAGCACGGCUUUCAGGUUGGUUUUUUCCCAGGGGAGUGUGUGGAACUCAUUAAUAAGAAUGUUCCUGAGGCACUCAUCAAUUCAGUGCCAAAGCCAGUGCCCAAGAAACGCAGCAAGAUCCUCACCUUCCUUCGUUCCUUGGUGAAGGCCCGCCCAAAGAAACCGACCGAGCGGGAGGUGGAGAAGGAAAGGGUGUUUGGCAGUGACCUGGGAGAGCAUCUUCUCCACUCUGGUUGCGAUGUCCCCCAGGUCCUCCAGAGCUGUGCUGAGUUCAUUGAGCAGCACGGCGUGGUGCAGGGGAUAUACCGCCUGUCCGGCGUCGCGUCCAACAUCCAGAGACUGCGGCAGGAAUUUGAGUCUGAGCAGAUUCCUGAGCUUACCGUCCGUGACAUUCACAGCGUGAGCUCCCUCUGCAAGAUGUACUUCAGGGAGCUCCCGAACCCUCUGCUCACCCACCAGCUGUACGGCAAGUUCUCGGAUGCUGUUGGUGCCGCUACAGAGGAGGAGCGGCUGCUCAGAAUGAAGGACGUCAUCCAGCAGCUGCCCGCUCCUCACUACAGGACACUGGAGUACCUGAUGAGACACUUGGCGUGUCUAGCUGGGAGCUCCACCAUCACAAACAUGCACGCUAAGAAUUUAGCCAUUGUGUGGGCUCCAAACCUCUUAAGAUCACAGCAGAACGAGUCUGCCUGCGCCAGCGGAAGAGCUGCCUGCAUGGAGCUGCAGACGCAGUCAGAUGUUGUGGAAUUCAUCAUCAACCACACAGACGUCCUCUUCUGCUCGAAAUCCAGAGCAGGCAUCGCAGAUGCAGCAGGGCACAAUUCUCUCCCAAGGCCCAAGUCUGUGGGGGUCUCUUCUGCUGCCACAAAGCUGCUCAGCCUGGAGGAGGCACAGGCACAGAGGCGAGGCCACAGCAGCUCUUCUGUGGUAACAGAGAGCAGCCAGGACAUUGAAGUGGAAGAAAGCCCUGCAGCUGGGCAGGGCAAAUUCCACACAGUCAUCGACUUUCCAUCUGAAAGACAAAAUCCACCAGGCAAGAUGAAGGAAUCACCAGCUGGCAGUUGGUGUUGUUGCUUCAGCCUCAGAAAACCAUCCUCUGGGAGCAAACGCCAACUGCAGCGCAAUGCCAGGCAGCCCUCAGAAACAGCAGUGGUAGUCCUGGCAGGUGAAUGGAGCCCUGGCCAACCCAGGGCAAGUAGCAACAAUGCUCUCUGUGCUUCCAUCUAUGGAGAGCUCAUAGGGAGCACAAAUCGCUGCAAUUCCAACAGCAGCCUUCCAUGUAACAACAGUAACAACAGUGAUGGAGAGAAGGAGCUCAUCCAAGUUCAUGCCCUCAUUACACCUGGCUCUGUUGAAGAUGCUGACCUGAGCCUGCCAGAUACCACCGUUACCAGUGUGGACUGUAACCCAGUGUUUCUGCAGUACAUCCCAUCCCAAGCACAGUCUGAGUGCCUGGAAAGCAGCAUCUCCAUACAGGAGCAGGUCAGUGACAGUGGGGAGGAGCAGAACCUCUUGGAGGGGGACUUUCAAUCAGGCCUCCAGUCCCAGGCACCGGACAGCAGCACUGAGAGCUCUGAGCCACUUUCUCCAUGACAAGACAGGAUGAGUCCCAUCUUCACCAUGGACCUCUCAUGCCCUCCU